ACAGCUGCAUUUUGUUGACAAUCGUGUAGGUCGAAUACUUCGUAACGCGCUGAAAGAAAACAAAAAUUAUUUGCUUUAAUAAGCAAAACUUUAGUAAAACGUCUUUACUUCUUGCAUAAGUGACGUGGCUUUGCAAGAUUAUUACUGCUAUAAAAGUUGCUGCACAAAACGAACGCAUAUUUUUCACUAGAAAUGCUCGACUGAAAUAUUUUUUUGUUAAGCUCUGCUUUUGAUAACUAUAAUAAAAGUUGUGUAUGUAUAUAUGUAUACGACUAUAUACCGUGCCUGUAAAUGUUUUGCGUUUAUUUUGUUUCAUAAGAGUUUAAGAGUAUAACUACUCUUUUCGGCAGUGCUGCAAAAAUAAUUAACAAUAAAAUAUUACAAUUACCCUUUACAAAUAUAAAGCUUCUAUAUAAACAAUUAAUUCCGAUUGUUGAGUAUGUAUAUCAGCUAUAUGCGACAGUGAUCCGAUCUGAAAAAUUUGUUCGGAGAUUGUAGCGUUGCCUUGGACAAUAAUCUGUGCUAAUUUCGUAAAGAUACCUUGUCAAAUAAAGAGUUUUUCAUACGAUAACUUGACCUGUGUGGCAGUAACUGUAUGCUAUAGGGGUCCGUUAUCAGCAGUUCCGACAAAUGAGCAGCUUCUUGAAGAGAAAAGGGCGUAUGCAACAAUUCAAAGCGAUAUCUCAAUAAUUGAGUUCUAGCUCGUAUAUAUACAGUCAGAAAGACGUACACGGCAGACUUAUUACAUUCUGUUUAAAGUAUAAAAAACGAAUUAUAAAAAUAAAAAAAAUACUUUUAAGAAAUUACUGAUGCAAACGCACAUUCACAAACACAUGCAAUGACUGAACAUAACUACGAUGUGACGACCUCACCAAAGUCCACCACCUCGAACAGCUCCAGCAGCAGCAGCGGCGACAGUUGCUGUCGCUUAACUUCGGAUUCUAGCGACGAGUUACAUUCAACCUCUUUUCGUUCAACUUCACCGUUAGAUCAUUAUGCAGACAAAGGUUGCGUAAAUCUUCUAACAGAUAAAACAUUUCACAAUGAAAUCUAUGAACUUGCUGUGAAACGCAAUACAAAUUUGAACAAUAGCAGACAAGAAGCAUGCGUAUUAGAUAAUAAAAAUCGUAUUAUAAGUGUAGGCAAUAAUGAACUUUUAACAGAUCACGAAUUUGUCAUGGCAAUUGCCCUCUUGGCAUCCACACGCAGUGAUGAUCCUAAAACGAAAGUGGGCGCUUGCAUUGUGGAUCGUAAAAAUCGCCUUAUUGGUAUUGGUUACAAUCAUUUUCCACCUAAUUACACGAACGAACCAUAUCCGUGGAGCAAAGAUAAAUGGAAUCACUUAAAUAAUAAACUCACCUAUGUCAUACAUGCUGAAUCGGCAGCCAUAUUCUCUGCACAAUCAGCAGAUUUACGCGACGCCACCAUAUAUUCCACAUUGAUGCCUUGCAAUGAGUGUGCCAAACUGAUUAUACAGUCGGGUAUACGUAAAGUUUUUUAUUUGCAUUCAAAAUUAUUCGAAAAGUGGAUAUAUAAAGCAUCGCGACGCAUGUUGCAUGCAGCCCGUGUCACAUUGCAGAAGUUGGAGUAGUAUACAGCAGUAGUUUUGCGCAUAUUGUGGUAUUUGUAGUUCAAAUAUCUUACCUUUUUGUUUAUAUUUCCAAAUAAGUUACGUGUGUACGCGGCAUAAUGAAAGCGUAUAUGUAUGCUUAAUUCUAUAUAUAUCAUAUAUACAAGUACAAUACAUAAAUUUUAGUUUAUUUUUUUUUUUUACUUAUAUUCCUUCCAUGUGAUUGGUAACGCAAGCUUUCAAUUUUUCUUUAUUAUUUUUCAAAUUAUACAUAUGUAUAUAGACUAUGUAAAAGGACUUCCAAAGAUAAAGGUAAAUUAAGAAGUUUCGUCAUUCGAAAAAAUUUGUAAACGUGUAUUUUUUAAAUAAAUUUUUUACGACGAAUUCAAAACGAUAAAAUGGCUGAAAAAAUUUAUUUUCCUUUAGUACUAUGUUGUUUUUUUAUAAUGAGCUUAUUUAUUUGUAUAUACAUAUAUACAUAUGUAUAUAUGAUAAAAAUUAAGCGCUUUACUACAAACUUUGCCUUGACAUCGUUCACAGCGAAAAAAUUAUUUUCCUUGUUUGAAUAAAAAUAUUGGUUCAUACUGGUUACAUAGACUCGGCUGUUCGGGGAACCGCGCAUGUCACUUCAAAAAUAUACGUUUCCACUUUUGUCGAAACCUACGAAACACAACAUACCGUUGUAUGACUAACUGUAGGUUGUUCUAACAGUAUAAAAUAUUACCAAAAUUAUUUGGUUAAGGUGACAUACAUUGCUCGUAUAUAAAUCGGGGUUCGUUUUGGUUAUGUUGACCUAACUGUCGUGGCUGAAGUAACCGCUACAACAUUAGAGGGAUUUCAUAUCCAGAAAAAUCGCCUUUCCUCUGUUCUGUCUAAAAAAAAUCUGCAUCUCAAUCCAAAAUCAGAAAAGUUUCUACUUAUUGACAAAGUUUUUAACAAAUAUUAUAUUUCUUGCAGGUUCUCUAGGUUUAAGUAUGCUUUCGAAACUAUUUUGCGUUGCCAUAUUUUUUAUAUUUGGACCAAAAAGACGGAAGAAAGCGUUAAAUUUGGUAUUUCUUCUCGUUCAAGUUAUCCUCGGAUAAAGCGCCUUAAAGUGUGCUAAAAAUUUUAUUUAUGCAGUGUUGGCUUGGUUAAGGUUCUCUCAUGUAAUGUUAACAAACAACUGCAUCUACAAAUACUCUGUUGUAGUAUAAUUAUCUUAUUCUCUCUGCUAAUAUUUAUACAGCAUGUUUAUAUGCAUGUGUGUAUGUACAUAUGUAUUUUAGUAUUAGUGUUAAGGUGUUGCUUGUAGUUACUGUCAAUAAAUCAAUAAUUUUUGUAAUAGACUACUCUAAGUAUUAUUUACAUACAUAAAAAAAAAUAUUUUCACAAAUAAAGUUUUUUUUUAUUAAAAGGCACACCUAGUGUGA